CUUGCCGCCCGGCAUAUAAGCCAAGAACCUCUGUUUUUCCUGUCAAUUGAUGGUGAAAUUUCAAACCAGCCGCUUUUCCGCGUUAUAUACAAACGUUUUUUUUGACAGGUACACACUAUUUUAAGAACAAUCAACAAGUUAACCCGCAACAAAAUGUCUCAGGUUGCUUCCAAGGAAAAUAUUGCCGACAACAUGGAGAAAUUCACGCUAAAGAGCCCCAGCAAGAAAGUACUGACCGAGAACGCCAGCAACGUUCGCAAAAUGUCCAUUGGCAACGAGGAGAAUGGCGCAGCCAAGGAAGCCGAGGUCAGCAAAGUAGCGACGUCCAUUAUGGAGAAGAAUGGAUCGCCGUUUGACCCUUCUAUUGAGCCCCUGCUCCGAGAGAAUCCACGCCGCUUUGUUAUAUUCCCCAUUCAGUACCACGACAUCUGGCAGAUGUACAAAAAGGCCGAAGCCUCCUUCUGGACUGUGGAAGAGGUGGAUCUGUCGAAGGACGCGACCGACUGGGCUCGUCUCACUGACAACGAGCGCUACUUCAUCUCCCAUGUGCUGGCCUUCUUCGCUGCCUCCGACGGCAUUGUUAACGAGAAUCUGGUCGAGCGCUUCAGUCAGGAGGUUCAGAUCACGGAGGCGCGCUGUUUCUACGGCUUCCAGAUAGCCAUGGAGAACGUGCACUCCGAGAUGUACAGCGUGCUCAUCGACACCUACAUACGGGAGCCGGAGGAGCGCGACUACUUGUUCAAUGCUGUUGAGACCAUGCCGGCUGUGAAGCGCAAGGCGGACUGGGCCCUAUCCUGGAUAUCCUCGAAAUCGGCCAACUUUGCCGAGCGAAUUAUUGCCUUUGCAGCUGUGGAAGGAAUCUUCUUUAGCGGCAGUUUUGCCUCGAUCUUUUGGCUAAAGAAACGUGGCCUCAUGCCCGGUCUGACCUUCUCCAACGAGCUUAUCUCCCGUGACGAAGGCCUCCACUGCGACUUUGCGGUGCUGAUGUACCAGCAUCUAGUGCAGCGUCCCAAGCGGGAGCGCAUCAUUGAGAUCAUUCGGGAUGCUGUGGAAAUCGAGCAAGAGUUCCUCACCGAAGCCCUGCCCGUCAAUUUGAUUGGCAUGAACUGCGUCCUCAUGUCGCAGUACAUCGAGUUUGUGGCCGACCGUCUGCUGGGGGAGCUCGGUGUGGGUAAGAUCUACAACACCAAGAAUCCCUUCAGCUUCAUGGAGAUGAUCUCUCUUGACGGAAAGACAAACUUCUUUGAAAAGAAGGUGGCCGAGUACCAGCGCAUGGGAGUCGUAACGAGUCGCUUGGACAACGUGUUUACCCUAGACGCCGAUUUCUAGGGCUGGUCCCUUCCGAGGGCUGGCAUCUCAUGAUAAAUAUUUAACCAGGGAGUUUUUAUGUGUAAUUUGUAAUAGAAUUGUAAUUUAGAUUAAGAUCAAUCACGUCCUCAUUUACACUCUUGACCUUAAGCCUUUCCAUGUAUGAAAGUUGAUGCACCUGACUUGGAGCAAAAUCACAUUAUUGUAUAUAAAACAUCAAUAAAUAAUAAAUAGACACAAUUAUAACCUAAA